CCCACUGCCUCACCCAGCAGUGUCCCUGCCAGCCUCCAUGCCUCCACGGUCAACAUCUUCGGCACACGACCUCUGCAGCCUCCAGAGAGUGUCCUGGGCAUCAGCUUCAAGCCCUACAGCCCCGAGGCCAGCCCAGCCCCGAGCCCCUGCACGGCCUGCGAGAGCACACGUAAGGAUGGAUCCUCCAUGUUCAGAGCUCCCUGCAUGAGCCAGCGGCGGCUCGCGCUCAUCUUCUGCGUCUCCGUCCUCAUCGUUUUCUUGCCUGCAGUUAUGUUCUGGAGGUCACAGACUGGCAUCGUGUACAAGGAGCCUGCGGAGAGCUGCAAGGACAGUGCCGUGCGCUGCGACGGCAUCGUCGACUGCUCCCAGAGGAGCGACGAGCUGGGCUGUGUGCGCUUUGCAUCCGAUGAGUCCUUGCUCCAUGUCUACUCCAGCACCGAGCACCAGUGGCUGCCAGUGUGCAGCAGCUCCUGGGAUGAAUCCUUCUCCAGAAAGACCUGCCGGCAGCUGGGAUUUCAGAAUGCAUCACAGACCGAAUACAUCCCCCUACACAUCUCUGGGAAGAGCCUCACGGUGACUGAUGAACGAGAAACCAUCCAGCAGAGCCUCAACAGCUCCCAGUGUCUCACGGGAAAGUACGUCUCCCUCAGAUGCACAACCUGUGGGCAGAGGAUUUCUGGUCGGAUCAUCGGAGGAAAGGAAACCUCUGUGAACAAAUGGCCCUGGCAGGUCAGUGUGCAGUAUGGGCCCAUCCACAUCUGCGGUGGCACCAUCAUCGACGCGCAGUGGGUCCUCACCGCAGCCCACUGCUUCUUCAUGAACAGCAUGAAGAUCCUGGAUGACUGGAAGGUGUAUGGUGGGGUGUCCGACCUGAAGCAGCCCAUGGAGGGCAUCCCUGUCUCCCAGGUCAUCAUCAACUCCAACUACAGCGACGACCACGACGACUACGACAUCGCUCUCAUGAAGCUCUCCAGGCCACUGACGCUCUCGGCCCAGGUUCGCCCAGCCUGUCUCCCCAUGUACGGCCAGCGAUUCCAGACCGGCAGGUUCUGCUUCAUCACCGGCUUCGGGAAGACCAGGGAGAAUGAAGACAACACCUCCCCAAAGCUUCGAGAGGCUGAGGUGAAGCUGAUCGACUACAAGAUCUGCAACAGCGACAAAGUGUACGAGGGCUACCUGACCCCGCGGAUGAUGUGUGCUGGGUACCUGCAGGGAGGGAAAGAUGCUUGCCAGGGUGACAGCGGAGGGCCCCUGGUCUGCGAGGACAACGGCCGCUGGUAUGUGGCUGGGGUGACGAGCUGGGGGACAGGAUGUGGCCAGAAGAACAAGCCUGGAGUUUACACACGUGUGACAAAGCUCCUCAGCUGGAUACACAGCAAAAUGGAGAGUGAGAACGACUAA